AUGAUCAGUCUAGUCAAGGCCACACCGAUAACAGUGAACAGCAUUAUUGAGCCGUACGCUGCGGAAAUGAAAGAAUAUGGCAAGAUACUGGAUAAUCUAGCUCCAGCAAGUGUUCGUGAGAAGGUACAGCAAUACAAGUCUCUACUAGAGGCACAAGUUGUAGGGCCAGUAGACGACGCUCUCUCCCACAUGACCGAGCUGAUCAACGAUGCCUUAGCUGAGCGGGGCCUUCCCUCUGCAGUCCAGAAGCAAGAGUGUGAUGGAAGUGACGAGGAGGAUGUUAAAGUCCCCGAGAGCGUCUGGUCCAACAUAGAAAAG